UGUGAUGAUGAUGUGAGAUUCCCUCUCUUUCUGUUAGUUUCUCUUGGUUUUUCAACGUUGGGAAAUUUGGAUAGGUACUUUAGUGGAAGGUUGAUUAUUUUUUUGUAAAUAUAUUUUCCUAGUUCCAACUAACCCUUAACUCAAUUAGCAAAUUAAAGAGACGUGAACACAAUGCCAUUGCCGAUUUUGCCUAUAAAGCAAAGUGAGUACUAAACACAUCGUCACAUUACUCAAAACCUUUGUUUCAUUGCUCUUUCCUACACAUUUCCAAGCUACUUUUUUAGUGGAUUCCAGGGCUGAUCUUUGUUUCUUGCGUAAUGGGUCAUGAAGUUUUGCCUAUAAAAGAACAAAGCAAGUACUAAACACAUCAUACUCUUACCUUCAAUCUUCGUUUCAUUGCUCUCUUUCCUAUACAUUUCCGUGUGUUUUUCUUCAAUCAAAGAUGAGACCAGAAACUCUCAAGGUUAUUCAGCAACAGCUCACAGCUAUGAAGGCGGUUCAGGAAACUAAAGACGACGAAGAAGUAAAAAAAAUCAUGGAUGAGUACAUGUUCUGUUUUAGAAACUGUUACACUGAGGCUGAAAUUGUGAAUCACAUCACCCAGAAGAUUCCUUCUUCAGUACCUGCGGAAGUGAGAAAUUUCUGUCAGGGAUUUAUAGCCGUGAUCGAUAAAGAUUUAAGAGACGUGUAUCUCAAGGAUGCUGAAGAUUGUGCUAGUGAAAGAAUGAGUCAGGCUCGUGAUACUUCUGAGGAAGCUAAGAGAAGUCAAGGUGAGGCCAGUACAUCUCACAAAUGUGAACCUAACUGCGACAAAUAAGACUCUCUUUUUUAUUGUGUCCCUCCUAUACUAGGAUCAAAGUAUACGUUUUCUAAAUUUCUAUACAACAAAUAAGAGUGGUUUUUGUGUUACUAUACAACAAAAUCCACGUACGUUUUAUGUUUUCCUUUGUUUAGAGGAGUUGUAGUACUCCCUUUAAUUCUCUUUGUUUAGGAGUUGGUCUUUGUGAUUCCAUAAUAAUAAACAAAUAGUAUAAUGAAAUACGAGAAAUUAAUAAAUUUGAUCAUCUUUUCAUUUUAAUUACAACCCAUUUUUUUACUAUAACUCAAGUGACCCACUUGAGGAUCAGAGCUUGUGUUUUCACUUUUCAUCUAUCAACAUCACCACUAUGCCUUGACAAAGAAGCUUUGCUAAAGCCAUAACAGCUUUGGCUGCAAAACACCUAAUCACAUUUCUUAAAGCACAGUAAUCAAUAAAUAAUUGGACAUUUAUUAAUGAAC